AUGCUUGCAUUGUGGUGCGUCGUUGUCGGCGAAGAAGCAGCUUUCUCCGUCAAGGUAGCAGGGAACAACACCGUGGCUCACCUCAAAGCCGAAAUCAAGGCCAAGAACAGGUACCAGUUCCCAGCCCAUCAGAUGCAGCUCUACCGCGUGGAAGGUCUGACGUUGAACGACCAACGGCACUGGCACUUCCAUGGCCGGCCUGUUGCCGACAUGUCGACAAUGCAGUUGAGCGAUUUUGCAGGAUCUACAACGAAACUGACCACAAUGUCAUUGGUCUCCAACUGUUUCAAUGACACUGAUGCGGAAUUAACCCCUGAGAAGGUGCAUAUUUUGGUCAAGCGUCCUGACCCCCCACCUCCCCCUUUGCCCCCUAGCUGUCGUCCGAUGGAAAUCUCAAUCUCGGACCUCUUGCAGCAAAACCCCCUUCCAUCCAUGGAGUUCACGGAGGCGAUGAAGCAACCCCUUGGCUUCAAGAUUCCGAUUACGACCCCCCGGUAUGUUUCCCUCUUCCCCGACUCAUUCGUGGAAGGAACAGCAGAGUACGGCGUUGCGGUGGACGUGGUGCUACAGCAUACGAUGUUCGAGCACAGUCAAGUGGAAGUCGCCACCGUCGACACGAACUGGCUCAACCUGUUUGUGUUUUUAUGUCAGUGCGUCGUGCAUCGAGACCAGUGCCACGAUUCUGACAGUCCGAGUGAACAAGAGAUGGAAGCGGUCGUUGUCAAGCAAAAUGCGAUGGUGGGCAAGUGUGUGACAAGGGCUUCGUGGGGCGAAAUGACCACUGCGACGAAUGCGCUGACAUACAAGCUGGGCCCCGCUGCCUACUGCACCUUUCCCGAUGGGUUGACCUCGAUUCCAGCGUGGACCACUAGCUCCACCAUCAUCCAAUUGCACCAAUUGACGUACAAUUGUGCUUUGCAAUCGUACUCGACGCGACAGUUAAAGACAUAUCAUGUGUCGAAUCUCGACGGGCGCCACCAAUUUGUAGUGGAUGUGUUCAAGGUUUUAAAGUGGGUGGGGUCCAUUCCAAAGCCCCAUACUACCAUGCAUCUCGUUCCCGGCAUACGAACCGUGACGCGGAAUCAUGGUCAUUACCUCACGUGGGUCAAAUCUGGGUUGGUAAAGCAGUUCCAACACGAUGAUAUAAUCGACAUGGCCGUGAUGAAUCGCAUCUACAGAGCCCCGUUGCAGCAUGUCGAACGGGGACGAUGUCAUUACACUUCGGUGACCAUUACGUCUAUUGGACAGACGCUGAAAACUGCGUUGUCUGAAGACCUAGUCUCGCGAGAUACGGUCAAAGCUCAAGUGCGAAGUGCCCUGAACGAACUCCACAGCUUGGGACUGGCGCAUUGCAAUGUGCAGGCGGCCAAUGUGUUUGUCCUCCUGGAAGACAAGAGAGUGAUCCUGGGCGACCUCGAGUCCUGCCGACCCGUGGAUGCAGCCCCUCCACAAGUGUGUCCCAACAAGAUCAAAACUGCACUGGAGCUGGAUGAGUACCAGUUUGGAACUUUUGUGGACGAGUUGGCCACGAUGUAG